CUCAAUUAUUUGUUUGGAGAAUUGGUCCUACUUUGUAUGAGUUGAAAGUAAAGUUUUUUACUUUUGAGAUAAAUAAAAGAGUAUGAAUGUACUUGAAUUAUAAUAUUUUAAAUAUAUUAUAGUUUGUGGUAAAUUUAUGGUUUACACUCUCUCUGCAAGAAGCUUGUUUCCGAUUCAAUUCAAAUAUGCCUAAAGAUGAUGCACUUGCAGCUGCAUUUUGGAUGACCCUUUUUAAUUUUAAUGUCCCAGUACAGGAACUCCAUAAAAUACUGAAAUAAUUACAAUAAUAAAACGAGGAGGUCCCGAUUUUUUGGCUGUGUAAAAGAUUCGAUUGAAGUCCAAAAUCUGUUCUCCAAAGAAUCUCUCGAUGGAACAAAUCCAGCACAAGUUCAUCCAAGUUCGAGGACUGAAGCUCCACGUAGCCGAAAUCGGAACCGGUGAUCGAUCAUCUCAUCGCUACCUUCCCCAAAUUUCUUCGACGGAACUUGUCUUGCUCACAAAAACCUACUGCUCGUUUUCCGAUUUUCCAGGUUCCAAUGUGGUCGUCUUCCUGCACGGUUUUCCGGAGAUUUGGUACUCAUGGCGGUACCAGAUGAUCGCUCUCGCUAACGCCGGAUUCCGAGCAAUCGCUCCCGAUUACAGAGGAUAUGGACUCUCCGAUGCGCCGCCCGAGCCCUCCAAGGCUACGUUCAGCGACCUCAUCAGCGACCUCGUUGGAAUUCUCGACGCUCUCAACAUCCCCAAGGUGUUUGUUAUUGGGAAGGAUUUUGGAGCAUGGCCAGCAUACUACUUUGCUCUGAAACAUCCUGAUAGGGCAUUGGGAGUUGUCACAUUGGGAGUGCCAUUCCUGCCUCCUGAAUCUGUUAAUAACAGUCUUAAGCCCCAACACCAUAUCCCUGAAGGCGUCUAUACUUUAAGAUGGCGGGAACCUGGGCGAGCUGAGGCUGAUUUUGGUCGUUUUGAUGCAAAAACUGUUGUCAGAAAUGUCUAUAUCCUCUUCUCCAAAAGCGAAAUCCCAAUAGCUCAAGAAAAUCAAGAAGUAAUGGACUUAGUGGACCCAUCCACCCCUCUCCCUCCUUGGUUCACGGAGGAAGAUCUAGCAACUUAUGGAGCUCUCUAUGAGAAAUCUGGAUUCGAAACAGCAUUGAAAGUUCCUUAUAGGUCAUUCAAUGAAGACUGGGGAAUAAAAGAUCCAAAAGUUGAAAUUCCAGCACUUUUUAUAAUGGGUGAAAAGGACUAUGUUUUCAAAUUCCCUGAAAUUGAGGAAUACAUAAGAAGUGAAAGGGUGAAAGAUUAUGUUCCCAAACUAGAGAUCAUCUAUUUACCAGAAGGAUCCCAUUUUGUUCAAGAGCAAUCCCCUGAAGAAGUUAAUCAACUUCUACUUACUUUCCUUGCCAACCAUACUUGAUUGUACGAUACUACAUCAGUUAAAUCUAAAUAAACUUUUGACUGGUUCUCCAA